AUGAUCUCUGCAGCGCCGAUUGCGGAAUUGCCUUAUCUUGUUGUAAACCACAAAGAAACGUUAACGCCAUCAAUGGCACCGAACGUAACGUCAAUGCCAACGGAACCAGACUUUGUAAUUUCAAGCUCCUUGUACGCCUCCUAUGGGGCUUACGUUGUGCUAGUGUUGAUAUUCGGCUUGAGCCAGAACCUCUUGACAUUGUACGUGUUUUACAGUGAUAGGCGUCUACAUUCCAUGCACAACUAUUUUAUCGUCGGACUCAGUCUAGCGGAUAUAGGGAUGUGUGUGUUCGGCAACUGGAUGAUCAUUGCUUCUUCUUUCAGUCAACACUGGGUCUUUGGACGAACUGGGUGCGUAUUCUAUGGCUUUGCCACAACGUGGUUUGGAAUCAGCCAGAUUUCCCUUCUCGCCGCCAUAGCAAUAGACCGUUACGUCAUCAUCGUGAAACCACGCGGCAUAGUGAUGACGAAACAAAAAGCUUUCAUACUCGUUAUAUGCUGUUUUGGGCAUGGUUUCGUUUGGGCUUUGUUGCCUGCCAUUGGCUGGAAUUCCUAUUCACUGGAAGGCAUUGGUGUGCGCUGUGCAAUCAACUGGCGGAGUCACGUGACCUCUGACAUCACAUAUUCUAUGGCCAUUCUAAUCUGCGGAUGGAUUUGCCCCCUCUCGCUUAUUCUUUUCAGUUACAGGAACAUUUUCAUAACGUUGCAAUGCAAAAGAACCAGAAUCCUCGAACAAAGCAGUUUGAAAGGACGAACGAACAGACAACGCAAUGACAGAAAGAUGGCGGUCACUGUUUUGUGCAUGAUAUGUGCGUUCUUCAUUAGCUGGACUCCAUAUGCCAUUGUCACACUCUGCUCCGCCUUCGGUAACUUCAGAAAACUCCCUGUUGUGGUCACCGUGUUACCAGCCCUCUUCGCCAAAUCCUCCAUAAUAUGGAACCCGAUUAUCUACGUUGCGAGGAACACUCUCUUUAGAAGGGCUUUGUUCCAGAAAGUACCGUUCUUGCACAACUUGCAUCGCACUUUGAGCAAUUCAUCAAAGCAGACCGUAAUGAAGACUUCGGAAGUUUCCGUCAACGAAAUCCGAGAUAAAACGUAUUUCCAAAGCAGUGCGGAAAAAGCAAGCGUUGGUACAUAUCUUUGA